GUGAAGCUCAGACAGUCGUUGUGACUGAGAGGUGAAAUGGCGCAGAAAGGAGCUCAGCUGGAUCGAGAAAUCUUCUCUUGUCCGAUCUGUCUGGAUCUACUGAAGGAUCCGGUGACUACUACAUGUGGACACAGCUACUGUAUGAACUGUAUUAAAAGCUUCUGGGAUGGAGAGGAUGAGAAGGAAACCCACAGCUGCCCUCAGUGCAGACAGACGUUCACUCCGAGGCCUGUCCUGCUGAAAAACACCAUAUUAGCAGUUUUAGUGGAUGAUCUGAAGAAGACCGGACUCCCAGCUGCUCCUGCUGAUCUCUGCUAUGCUGGAGCUGAAGAUGUGGCCUGUGAUGUCUGCACUGGGAGAAAACUGAAAGCCUUCAAGUCCUGUCUCAGCUGUCUGGUCUCUUACUGCGAGCAACACCUCCAGCCUCACUAUGAUGUAGCUCUGUUAUCAAAACACAAGCUGGUGGAGCCCUCCGAGAAGCUGCAGGAGAACAUCUGCUCUCAGCACGAUGAGGUGAUGAAGAUUUACUGCCGUACAGAUCAGAAGUCUAUCUGUUAUCUCUGCACAAUGGAUGAACAUAAAGGCCACGACACGGUCUCAGCUGCAGCAGAACGGACGGAGAAGCAGAAAAAGCUGGAGGUGAGUCGACAAAACAUCCAGCAGAGAAUCCAGGACAGAGAGAAAGAUGUGAAGCUGCUUCAACAGGAGGUGCAGAACAUCAAUCGCUCUGCUGAUAAAACAGUGGAGGACGAUGAGAAGAUCUUCACCGAGCUGAUCCGUCUCUUGGAGAAAAGAAGCUCCGAGGUGAAGCAGCAGGUCAGAUCCCAGCAGGAAACUGAAGUGAGUCGAGUCAAAGAGGUGGAGAAGAAGCUGCAGCAGGAGAUCAGAGAGCUGAAGAGGAAAGACGCUGAACUGAAGAAGCUCUCACACACAGAGGACCACAACCAGUUUCUCCACAGCUACCCCUCACUGUCAGCACUCAGUGAGUCCACAUCCAGCAUGGAGAUCCGUCCUCUGCGCUACUUUGAGGACGUGACAGCGGCCGUGUCACGAGUCAGAGACAAACUGCAGGACGUCCUGAGAGACAAAUGGACAGACGUCUCACUGACUGAAGUGGAUGUUUUACUGUCAGAGCCCACGACCAGAGCUGGAUUCUUAAAAUAUUCAUGUGAGAUCACACUGGAUCCAAACACAGCAUACAGACAGCUGUUAUUAUCUGAGGGGAACAGAAAAGCAACAUACAUGAGUAAUGAACAGUCCUAUCCAAGUCACCCAGACAGAUUCACUACAUGGUGGCAGGUCUUGAGUAGAGAGAGUCUGACUGGACGAUGUUACUGGGAGGUGGAGUGGAGAGGGGGUGAAGUUUUUGGAGCAGUUUCGUACAAGAAUAUCAGCAGGUCAAAUGACUCUGUAUUUGGACAGAAUGACAAAUCUUGGGCAUUAAGAUGUUACGACAACAAAUAUACAUUUUUGUACAACAAUAUCAAAACUCCCGUCUCAGGUCCUCGGUCCCCCAGAUUCGGAGUGUACCUGGAUCACAGAGCAGGUAUUCUGUCCUUCUACAGCGUCUCUGAAACCAUGACCCUCCUCCACAGAGUCCAGACCACAUUCACUCAGCCGCUCUAUGCUGGACUUCUGGUUGGUGGCACUGCUGAGUUCUGUAAACUCAAAUAACCAAAGGGACAGCAGGUAAAAAUGUGUUUUAACUCUUAAAGCUCACAUUUUGUUCACGUUUGUGGUGUUUCAUUUGUUUUUAUAUCUAUGAAAAUAUAAAUUUAUAGUUUAUGUGCUAAAACCACCGCCACUGGAGGCAGUAUCAAAAUGACCAAAAAAAGACACAAAAUUACAAAAAAAGACAAAAUGACAGAAAAUGAAAUAAAUUACUUAAAAAAAGACACAAAAUGACCAAAAAAAGACACAAAAUUACUAAAAUAAAGACACAAAAUGACAAAAAAGUCACAACAUUACUAAAAAAAGACACAAAAUUACAAAAAAGACACAAAAUUACUGAAAAAACACUUAAUUACUUAAAAAAAGACACAAAAUGACCCAAAAAAGACACAAAAUUAUAUAAAAAAAGACAAAAAAUUACCAAUUUUUAUUGUGCAUUGUGUUUAUUCUGAUAUUUGAAAUGAAAAUUUGUGCAAUGAUAUAAUGGCUUCUUGAGAUUCAAUGAUUGAGCAUUUUAAUAUUUUCACAAUCAUUUUUUUGCAGCUGCCGCUGCUUUAUAAUCACAAGAGACUACAAUAUGGGACCUUUAAACUGAUUUCUUUCCAUGUUUGUUGCUGAGAGCUCAUCGUUGUGGCAUUUCUUCUCUGCAGAGAUCAGCUGUCAAUCAAACAUUAUGGGCGGGGCUUUGACAUCUGCUCAUUAGUUGUUGUGUAGAUGUUUGACUUUCCUUCCUGUGUCUGUUGAGCCACGGAGGCUUUCACUGCUCAUGAUGACUGUUGUUCACCUCAACUCAUAUUUCUCUGCAGGAAAAUGUACAUUUCUCUGAGCUCCAAAUGUUUGUGGAAUAUUUGUAUGUUGUUGUUUUUCUUUUCCUGCAUGGCUCUUAAGAGAGAAAGCUCCAGA